GAGAGUGAUCGGUGAUGUGCCUGUCUGGAGCUUUCGCAGAGGACAACAUAAGAUUCGUGCUUCUGGCUAUUUUUCUAGUCUGCUACAUGCUGGCUGGUGCUCUCCUCUUUCAAACGCUUGAGAGUGAAGUUGAAUUACAUCAGGCCACUGAAUUUUGGCGUGUCUACCACGUUUUUCGUCGCUACCACCUGCGGAGUAAUCCCCAAGCAACGCAGCGACUCAACGAGCUUUUGUACGCGUACAGCAAUGCAUCGGCGACCGGAAUAAUCCACAAGAGACGGCGGUGGGACUUCUCCGGGAGCUUUCACUUCGUCGGAACCAUCGUCUCCACCAUCGGGUAUGGAACAACGACGCCUCAGACCAGGGCUGGGAGACUUGCAGUGAUUGUUUAUGGAUUUUUUGGUUGCUCAGGAGGAAUACUAUUCUUCAAUUUAUUCCUCGAGCGGAUAAUAACGUUCCUCGCAUGGGGUCUGCGAACAAUCCACUUGAGGAGAUUGAAAAAGCGCCUGAGACAGACGACGUUGGCGUCGAGACGAGUGGCAUCUAGACCCCCCAAUAAUCCUCGAAUGUACCUUCCCGACAUUCUCGACGAAGACAACGAGGAGGACAUGGGCCUAGACCACUGGAAGCCCAGCGUCUACUGGGUAAUGCUGUACCUCACAAUCUUCUCCUGUCUCAUAGCAGGGAGCGGAGCUUCUCUCUACGCUUUAUUCGAGGGCUGGGGGUACCUCGACGCUUUGUAUUUUUGUUUCAUCAGUUUUGCCACCAUUGGCUUCGGGGACUAUGUCAGCACGGAGAAGCAGAAUUAUCCGUACAGUCAUCUCUAUCGAAUAACAAACUUCUUGCUCCUCGUUUUGGGCUGCUGUUGCAUAUACUCCCUCCUGAACGUCACCUCAAUCGUGAUAAAACAGAUGCUCAACUGUGUGAUAACAAAAUUGAAUAAAAUAAUAGGCAAACGGAGGACUAUGGCUGCGCCCCACUUGCCGCGAAGAAAAUCCUCGGUAUCUGGAUUUUAUUACUCACGCAGAAGGCACACUAGGGUCAACGGUAUAUCCAGAAGGGAUUCACUGAGGGGUGAGGACAGCAGUGCAUCUGAUACACCGAGACGAAUGUCCGGAGAAUUGAUAUCAAUGAAGGAUUUUCUCACAGCCAAUAAAGUUGCACUUGCAGUUAUGCAGAAACAAUUGCAUGAAACUGCUCAGAUGCAGAGAGGUUCACCGUCAGUUGCAACACCCAUUCAUCAGCCCGUCUUCAAGCCGGGGGCGGUGGGACCACUUGCCAUUGCCAGUGAGAAAUUCGAGGGCAACUCGUCGAGAUAAAUUUAUUACGCUAUGAAAAAAUUUGUAGACAUUAUGUAAAGUAUUAAUGUUAAAAUAAAAUUUAAAAAUGAUGAAAAUAAUAUUCUAAGACUUUAUCAUGGAUAAAUCGUAGCAGAAAGAUUUUAAAAAAAGCGCAAGAAGUUUCUCGAUAUUUUUCUCCAUCUCAACGAAAAAAUUAACGCAAUGAGUGAAAUUUAGGGAUUAAACAGCUGAAAUAGCAGUGAAAAAAUCCACCAGCAUAUAUUUUCAAUACUUCUUUUAUUUCUCAAUUCACUUUUACUCCUAAAAUUCUAUAAUUUAAAUGACACUGAUAGAUCUCUCCCGGAAACAUUGGUUUCACAUUCUCAAUAAUUUCAUCACCUCUUACAUUACUUCUAUUUCGAUUUUUAUCAUUUAACAAUGUACAUAGUGAUCCGUAGAAUAAAGGAAAUAAUGAGACUGUACUAACGACUGCAGAGGCGCAAUGGAUUGGGACUGACUGAUUAAAUUCAUUACAAUUGUUUCAACAUUCUAUUGUCAAGUGCCUAGUAAUUCUCCAUUUACAUUGUAUUUACUCUCUUCGUCUAUUCACUGACCAGCGAUCGAGUGACAUUUUCAAAAGAAAAAAUAAAUUUUUCCACGUCGUUCUAUUGAAGCUCGAUAAUUCGUUUCAUUAAGUUAUUUUUUUUUCUCAAUUUGUAUCACUGUUACGAGAUACAAUUACUCAACUAUCAAUUAAUCAAUAUAUUAUGUAUUUUGAGUUUUUGUUCCUUCAAUAAA